ACGCACCACGUCCACAGGCAUCCAUCGAAAUCUUUCUCAUCGGCUCCUACCAGCACCACGCCAGGCAAGAAGAAAGCCACGACACCUCCUCUACUGUUCCUUAUCCGUGUCCCGUAGCUAGCCAGCAAUCUGCGCAGCAAGAAAAGAAGGGAGGUACUUGGAUCGCUUCUUCUGUGGAGAUGGUGGCGCCCAUGGUGAUCGCGUCGGCGGGGCUCGGGAUGCUGGCCGGCAUGGCGAUGGCGAACCGGACGACCGGGGACGGGCUGCCGGCGGCGUCCAGAUGGGACGCGCGGCCUCGUUGCUCCACGUGCAGCGGCACCGGCCGGGAGGAGUGCCUCUGUAGCCGUUGGUCCGAUGGCGACGUCGGCUGCGGGACGUGCUCCGGCUCCGGCCGCAAGCCGUGCCGCAGCUGCGGAGGCUCUGGCACCGGCCGGCAGCUCCUGGUUCGACUCAUCGCCCAGCAGCAGAAGCUGCCGACGACCGCACCCGGGCGAAGCGGAGACUACAACUGAAGUUCGUCGGGUUUCCAAUUCCAUGGUUGGAGCGAGCUGCCGGACCGACGAAACCAAUGCGCGAACUCUUUUUUUCGCCUCCUUCCUCGCCGGGCUCGGGUGCGGUCGUUGAUGAGGUUAUAUACCUAGGGUAGGGUCAUGGACCUAUCUAGGAUACCAUACCCAAGAACAUCAUCAUACGAAGCUACCUUUCAGUCGACCAAGAGAAGCUCCACUCGACCAAGGGAGACUCCACUC